AUGCCAUCCGUGAAGGUGAAGCCUCCAUCCCCAGCGCCGGCCCUCGUGCUCCUCCUCUUCGCGGCAAGCUUCGCAGUUUCCCAGGCGCGGAUAAUCUGCGGCGACUCUGCUGCAUCUCCCUCCCCGGCACCAGCGCCGUCGUCAACCACCUCCAACAGCACUGCGUUCGCUGCCAACCUCCAAACUCUCCUGAACGCGCUCCCCCAGGCCACGGCUCCCACGGGCUUCGCCUCCCUGUCCUUGGGCACCGGCCGCGACCAGGUCUUCGUCCGCGGCCUCUGCCGUGGCGACACCGCGCAGUCCACGUGCCUCGCCGACCUGAUAGAGGCCGUCCAGGACUUGAGCGGCCGGUGCCCCUCCAGCCGGAGCGCGGGGCUAUGGUCCUGGAGGUGCUACAUCAGCUACGCCGACACCAACGACUCGGCCGCCUACGAGCAGCGAAUCUACGACACGGUCUACGAUAGCCGCACGCUGGCCGACCCGGACAGCUACCAGCGGUCGUACUACGCGCUGAUGAGUCGCCUUGUGGCGCGCGCGUCAGGCGGCGGCGGCAACAGAUCGGCGAGGACGAGCAUGUUCGCCACCGGGGAGGCGGUGUACGCGCCCGGCGACCCGAACGGGACGCUGUACGGGAUGGUGCAGUGCAUGAGGGACCGCAGCGACGCCGAGUGCGAGCGGUGCCUGCAGGGGCUGGUGCCGCGGCUGCCGUCGUGCUGCUGGAGAAACCAGGGAGGGGUGGCGCAGAACUUCAACUGCCACCUGCGGGUUCAGCUAUACACCUACUAUGACCUGGCGCUCGACGCGCCGCCUCCGGCUCCGGCUGCUCCACCAUCGCCGCCGGUGCCAAUACGCGGUGAACGUACAGAUGAUGCUAGAGAAGAUACUUCCGAGCAAUUUACUCUGCCGUUGCUGAGGGCUGCGACGGGCAACUUCGCCGCGGAAAACAAGCUUGGAGAGGGAGGUUUUGGGCAGGUUUUCAAGGGUAUACUGCCGAAUGGGCAAGUGAUAGCAGUGAAAAGGCUCUCCCAGAGUUCAGCACAGGGAUUCCACGAGCUGAAGAAUGAGCUGCUGCUGGCCGCCAAGCUUCUGCACAGGAACAUCGUGCGGCUCCAUGGGGUCUGCUUGGAGGAGCGAGAGAAGCUGGUGGUGUACGAGUAUCUGCCCAACAGGAGCCUCGACACCGUCCUUUUCGAUAAUGGUCGGCGGCGCCGGCGGCAUGGCCUGGACUGGCAUAAAAGGUACACCAUCAUCUGCGGGAUCGCUCGUGGCCUGUUAUAUCUCCACGAGGAGUCCCAGCUGAGGGUCAUCCACCGAGACCUCAAGCCGAGCAAUGUCCUGCUCGACGAGAACAUGAACCCCAAGAUCUCGGAUUUCGGGCUGGCUCGAGCAUUCCGGGGAGACCAGUCCAGAGACGUCACCAAGCGACCAGCUGGUACCCUUGGGUACAUGUCGCCGGAGUACGCUUACAGCGGGCACGUUUCCACCAAGUCGGACAUAUACAGCUUUGGCGUCAUUGUGUUGGAGAUUGUCACCGGCCGGAGGAACAACGGCCCCUGCCCUGACGCCGACGCCAACAACUUGUUAAGCGAAGUAUGGGACAAGUGGAGAUCUGGAAAAGCAGCGGAGAUGGCGGAUGGGUCGCUGGGCGACCACUACCCUCGGUCUGAGAUGCUCAACUGCGUGCACAUCGGGCUCCUCUGCGUCCAGAAGAAACCGGCGAUGAGACCCGACGCGUCGGAGGUCGUGCUAAUGCUGAGCAGCCAGUCCAUGUCACGGCGGACGCCCUCCCGGCCAGCAUUUUACUCCGGCCACUCCUCUACCAGCGGCAGCGACUCACAUGUUAGUGGUGUAAACGUCUCAGAGAAUGGCGUGACCAUGUCUGAUCUUCAAGCUAGGUAGUUUGGUAGAGAAAAUGGAGAAGAUCAAGGGUCCAAUACAUUUGGUACCUGUACA